AUUUCCAAGCUUCUGUUUUACAGUACUCUAUGCAAUGAGUUGGAAGGCAUCUAAACUCAUCACCUACCACUGAUAACUCCAUUUCCUCUUCUCUCUUAUUAUCCUCACCGUUUAUCACUAAACAAUAUUCAUCACCAUUUCCACGUCCAUCUACUCUCAGGCCUUUUGUGGUCAUUUCAGGCUGCUUUACAAGAAGGGUUUUGCUUCUGGUGCCAGAAAGCUCUGUCUCAGCUUAGAUUCAGCAUCACAUUUUGCUAUCAAAGGUGAAACCCAGAAGGGAAAUCACCUCAUUUGGGCCAUAUAGCUGGUGUUUCUGGGAAGUGGGUUCAUUUAGUUCUGGCACGUUCUGUUCUUUACGAGUGUUUCUUGGGUUUGUUGCUUGGUCUGAGAUCUGGCGUUUUGAGUUUGAUUUUCUCCGAAUGAGGAGUGGCUAUGGUGAAGGGCGUCUCAAAGAUCUGGUCUUUCAAGGCUGCUUUGUGAAUUCCAUACAGGAAGUGAUGUAGGUUCUGAAAAUCUGAGAAGCAUUUAGGAAAAACAGACAUGGCAACUGAUCUUAACACAGAACUAUCCAAGGAAACUGUUGUUUUUGGUCUUAAGGUCUGGGAAGUAAUUGGGAUUGUUGUGGCCUUAUUUAUCAUAAUCAUCCUUUCCGUGUUAUCAUUUUGUUUAACUUCCCGGAAGAAAUCAAGAGCCAGCAAUAAGAUUCCAAUUAGCCAAAUCCCAACUGUGUCAAAGGAGAUCAAGGAAGUCAGAGUGGAGCAAGUAUCAGCCGCUGAUUUUGUUCCUCGUGAUGGGAUUCUUCUCACCAUCCAUGACAAAUCCAGCGACAAAGAUUCAGAUAAGGUGCUGGUCCAUCUGGGAAUGGGCAGCCAGUCUGGUUCCUUUCACCACUUAGAGAAAGAUGGUGCUGGGUCUCAAUCGGGUGAAGAAGGGAGUUCAGGCACGGUAACUGUUUACAAACCUUGUUCUUCCUAUCCUAUCACUGCUCCUUCUCCUCUUAGUGGUCUGCCAGAAUUUUCUCACUUGGGGUGGGGCCACUGGUUUACAUUGAGGGAUCUAGAACUCGCUACGAAUCGGUUCUCAAAGGAAAAUGUACUCGGUGAGGGUGGGUAUGGUGUUGUUUAUCGAGGACAAUUGAUCAAUGGGACACCAGUGGCAGUUAAAAGGAUCCUCAACAACUUGGGUCAAGCAGAGAAAGAAUUUCGAGUGGAGGUAGAAGCCAUUGGCCAUGUGCGCCACAAAAAUUUGGUUCGCCUUCUUGGAUACUGUAUUGAAGGCACACACAGGAUGCUGGUAUAUGAGUAUGUAAACAAUGGAAACUUAGAACAAUGGCUUCACGGAGCCAUGCGUCAGCAUGGGUAUCUUACUUGGGAUGCUCGCAUGAAGGUCGUCCUUGGCACAGCUAAAGCUCUUGCCUAUUUGCAUGAGGCCAUUGAACCAAAAGUGGUGCACCGAGACAUUAAGUCAAGCAAUAUAUUGCUUGAUGAUGAGUUCAAUGCCAAGGUUUCUGAUUUUGGUCUUGCCAAAUUGCUGGGUGCUGGGAAAAGCCAUGUCACCACUCGAGUGAUGGGAACAUUUGGGUAUGUGGCCCCUGAGUAUGCUAAUACAGGCCUUCUGAAUGAAAAGAGUGAUGUUUAUAGCUUUGGGGUUGUACUACUGGAAGCUAUCACUGGAAGAGAUCCUGUAGAUUAUGGUCGUCCUGCCCAUGAGGUGAAUCUGGUAGACUGGCUUAAAAUGAUGGUUGGAGGCCGGAGGUCUGAGGAAGUGGUAGAUCCAAAUAUAGAGGUAAGACCAUCAACUAGAGCCCUAAAGCGUACCCUGCUGACUGCACUGAGGUGUGUUGAUCCAGAUUCUGAUAAAAGACCCAAGAUGGGCCAAGUUGUGCGUAUGCUAGAGUCUGAAGAAUAUCCAAUACUAAGGGAGGAUAGAAGGCACCGAAGAACUCAUGGAAGUAGUUUGGAGAUUGAAUCUCAAAGGGAAAAUUCUGACACUGAUCGAAGUGACUAUCCAGGCUCAAGAUCAGAAAGCAAGUGGACGUAGUUGUAAACAAGGAUAUUCAUUUUGAAGAUCAGAUAAAGUUUGGUGGGAAGGAAUUCUUAAGCGUAUUUUCAACCGUUCAGAUUCUUGGGGUUGUCUCCAUAGUAGUUGUUCCCUGUUGAUACGUAGGGCAUAUGAGUUGGGAGAAGGGUGGCUGAGGAGAAAGCUGACCUUCUAUUCUUUUUCCCUUUUUCUGUUCUUUUUCAUCUUUUUAAUAUAAUUUGUAGAUGAAGAGAUGAUUUGUUUGUGUAUGAGUUGAGAGUGGUGUGUUGUGUACAGAAUUGGGUAGCUCUGAAACAUUCCCUUUGUUUGAAGAAAUGCUCUAAACUUGC